CACAGGGAAGGUCUGAGACUCAGAUGCUUGUUUUUGUACUUUGGCCUUCUUGCAUCUCUGCUUACUCACCUACCCCUUUCCUUGGUUGGUUGGCAGGUUAAAAACAAACAAACAAAAAAACCUUCUGUCUGUCAUGACUGAAAUAACAGAGGUAGUAUUUUCUAAAAGUUUUCCUAAGAAAGGUAAUGUUUUCUGGCAGUGAGUGGCAUAUACAAAAAGCUAUUUUUAGGCUUCGUUUUCUAGAUUAAAAUUGUAGCUAAUUUAAGCCUUAGAAGGAAAUAUCUUGGAUAAAUUCAGACUUGAAUCUGAGCCUAAUUGCAUCUUGUAUUCGAAAAUGUACAUUCUUUGAAUUGAGGCAUCAUACUGAAAUAGCAGAGUGGCCAUCAGAACAGCUUCCCUAUGGUUGAAUUUGUGUUUGCCCUUAUGAUUGAAAAUUAUUUCUAGGAAAUGCAUUUUGAGAAUUUAAUAGUAUUUGUUGAGAUGAUUUAUAGGAGAGUUUUCUGUCUUUGUCCUCAAAAGAUAAUACCGGUUCUUGCACUUGGAGGGAGAGCAGCCAGCUGUUGAGGAGGGGGUCAGGCUUUAUGGAAAGGAAUGAGUUGUGCCCACCUCACAGUGCUGAGCUGAAAGGUAGCAUGUCCCCACACAGAGGACUUGUGUAGGAUUUGACAGUUCAUACUCUUUUUUCCCCCAGAUUCUUCUCUAGUGAAAUACCAAUUAUUCUUACCAGGCAGAAAGGAUUUUAUCCUAAUGUCACUUCCGAGAGAGAGUGAGAGUGUGUGUGUGUGUGUGUGUGUGUGUGUGUGUGUGUGUGUUUCUUUUGUCCUAGCCCUCAUUUUGCCAGUAAGGAACCAGGGUAGUUGUGUGUGGGAACUGCUCGGGGUCACACUGCUGUGCUUUGACAUUAGGAACAUACUAUGCCAACAACCCGGUGAGACACAGACGAGGCAAGAAGCAUUUCCCAGAGAUGGGAUGGGAGGCUGAGAUAAUAUGGACAUUUCGUAUGGAGUCCAAAAUGAAAUUUAUGUCUUGCUAUGGGCAGACUAGGGACCCACACUGUGAAGACAUGUUUUCCUGCUUUGUGAUGGUUAGGGAGGGAGCAUUUAGAAGGUCAAGUCCCUAAAUCACUUCUCUGUCCAGAACAUCCCUCCGUGCUAGUGCCUUUCAGUAGGCAAAUGCCAUUCUCUCUGUGCGAGGCCUUGUGAAGGGUCAGAGCCCAGCCCUGGAAGCAUGAGCCUUACAGUUGAGAGCUUUGGCAGUUGUCCCUACUCUUUGCCUACUAGGGUGUGUUCUCACUGUGGCUUCUCUGCUGACACCUGAGCACCCAAAGGCCAUGUUCUGUCUGGCUCAUGUGCCUCUUGGGCUGUGCCUCCUGAACUGGCCUGUUAGGUGUGGUACCCCGGAAAGCAGCUGUAUCAUCUCACUCUUCCUCCCCUGGCUUCAGUUAUCUUCAUGAGGAUGUCUUUUGAGCUCUGGGCCUGUGGACUAUUUCUGUCCUUAGUACAUGCAUCUACUGUAUACCAGGUAUGGUUUCAGGUGCUGGGAUCCCACUCUCAAGUAUCUCAAAUAUCUCAAGUGUCACUCCUGGCUUAAGGAGUGAUCUCACCAAUUGGAAGCCAGAAACUUGGGAGCCAUUCUAGAUUUCUUCCCCUCCCAUGUCUAGAAUCCAGUACCCCUUCCAUUCCCAGUGCCUGUGCCUUAGUUCAGUCCCUCAUCUCUAACCUGGACUGUUGAGUUUGUUCUCCAGCUGGUCUCUAAAAUUUCCUUGUGUGUCUUCAUAUGGCCACAGAAUGCUGAAAAUACUUCAGUCAUUCCCUGUUGUCUUCCAUGAAAAACUUGUGGCUCCCGAGGCUCUCUGAUCCAGCCUCUGAUGGCUUUGGCUGAACCUCCCAAUCCCCUAUCCUGCAUUUCCACCCUGAACCAACUACCCUCCCUCAUUACAGGUGGCGGGGCCAGCUGCCCUCCCCCACUUGCUUUAUCCAGUUCUCUUGUCACCUACUACACUGAACCUCUGGGGUCCCCCAGCAUUAUUCCAGGCACAUAGUAAGUGCUCUUAGUUGCUUAAUGAAUGAUGAUGAAAUAAAAGGAAGAGCUAUCACUUUUUUUUUUCUUUUUUUCCUGCAGGAUGGAGUAUUGUAUUCUCCAAUGUCCCAAGUGGCUAUCCCAGGGCUCUGGAGUAUGGAGGUCACAGAAAGCUUGUCCAACCCAGCGAGAGCAGGUGUGUAACUUCCCAGUGACUUCCCAGUGUGCUCCUCUCCUGCUGCCUCCUGGGCCAUGGCCGGGCCACCGCAGCUGUCCGUCAAUUUACUAUGAUUGGAAGCUAAGAGGGGGUGGUUUGGGGGAGGAAUCAGUGUCCUGACUGGUCAGGGCUCCACUGCAGUUUUCUGUUCUAAGAUGCAGACUGGAGAUGGAGCUCUGGCUAAUUAAUGCUGUUUCAGUCGUGUGAUUAGUCAAUGGUCUGCAGUAUACAUUGAGGGCAUGUGUCAGAUACUCAGGAAGUCUUGUGAGUGUGGCCAGGGAGAUGUUUCUGAUGCCCUGUCGUGCAUUAAAAAGAUUGACCUCUAACCUGGAGGAUUACCCAAACUUUGCAAUAAAAAAAAAAAGAGUGCAUGCACAGGAGGGAAGGGAAUGUUUACAGCACAACGGCCAGAGACCGCAGCUUUAUAACGCCAAGUCUUCUGUUGCCGUGCUUUAAAAUGAGGGAUUUUAGAACUCAGGGAAAGGUCAGUUGAGGGCUAAUGCCAGUUCUCAAUGAAAACUGGAUUGGCUGUUAGAAAUUUAGCGUCGUAAAGGCAAAUAGUGACUCACUGGCUGAUUUCAAGCACGUGUCCUCUGAAAGCAUGCCCCCCGCCCCCGCCCCGUCUGCCCUGUGAUCCCCGCAUCGCCGCACCUCCGCUCUGUGCACCCUCCCGCAAGUCCCCGCGGAGCAGCCUAGCACAAAUGCGGCAGCCCUGGUUGCUCUGCGAGCCCCAACAGCCCGGCAGCGGCGGACUGCGCCCAUGCCGGCCCAGAACCAUGGGCGACCGCGUUGUUGCCACCCGGAUCUCGCUCUUGGGGAAACAGGUCCGAUUUAUAAAAUAGUAUUAAAGGAACUUUGGAUUAAAAGAUGAAACCUUCCAGCUGGACACUAGUGAAUGCCUGCAGGCGUUUUGGGGUGCCCACCCCCCACCCCUGCCUCUGCGCCCACCGGUCCGUGCUCCUCGGCGGCUCACACCCAGGCCCCACCGGGCCCUCCCCUCUCCACAGCCGGCCUCCCCCAGGCCAGGGGGCGGUGCUGCGGCGGCGCGGGGAGGGCCGCGGGGGCGGGGACGCCGGGCGGGGGUGGUGCGGCCCGGAGCGCGGGGAGCCGAGCGGCGGGCACCGGGGCCGGCAUGGCGUGGCCCUGCAUCAGCCGCUUAUGCUGCCUGGCGCGGCGCUGGAACCAGCUGGACCGCUCCGACGUGGCAGUGCCGCUCACCCUGCACAGCUACUCGGACCUCGAGAGCGAGGAGCCCGGUGCAGGCGGCGCCGCUUCCCGCAGGGGCCCGUCUCCUGCAGGCACCCGGGACCCCGGCCGGGACGUGCCGCUCACUCAGUACCAGCGGGACUUCGGCGUGUGGACGGCCCCCACGGGGCCCAGAGAUGCUCCGCAGGGGCGUGGGUCCGGUGUGGGCGGCCGCAGGAACAAGCCCCCCACGGCCCCUGGCCGUGGUGUCUACGUGCUCCCCAUCGGCGACGCGGACUCGGCUGUGGUGACCACGUCGUACAGACAGGAGUUCCAGGCCUGGACCGGAGUGAAGCCGCCAAGAUCCACAAAGGCAAGACCGACCACAGUCAUCACAACCCACAGCUCCAGAUGGGACAGCAGCCCCGGGGGUGGCUUCCAGUUGAUGACUAGAAGGAACACCAUACAUACUGGCAAAGAACUGGGAGCAUUUUUUGGGACGAAGUGGCAUUAGCCUCAUUCUCUGAAAGACUUUAACAUGUUAUCUACACCUAGAUGACUCCCACCCUGCUCUCUCACUUACAGUUGGGGGAGCUCACUGUGAGGAGGCAGCUGUCGGCUUUGGAAAGCUGCCUCCUUUGCCGGUAAGUCCCAGCCCACAUGGCCAUGCAGAGCGAGCCUGGCCCAGUUUGCACAGCCGGUGGUCAAACAUUCGAAGGCAUUUCUGUCCGCUCUUGGAGAUUAGAGGCACAGGCUAAGGACAGUUCUUGGUAAGGAAACUCCAGGAUUUCCCUGUGGGUCUUCUUCCCUCUCCAGCCCCCACGCACUGUGUCUGGUGAGCAUUUAGUUAAGCCACAGCCGCGGACCUCCUGUUUCCCAGCCCCUUGGACGACUUGGAGCGGGGCUGGUCCCUCAGAGGGAGGGCUGGCUCUGGCUGGCACAGCCUUCCUCUUAAGUGCAGCAAAGGAAAUGCUCUGAAUCAUUCUAAAGGCAGAACCAAAACCAUAUGCUUACACAAAGGGUUCUAUUAUUUCUGACUUCAUUGGUUUGCAUGUUAGAUGUUUCUAAGAAAAAAGAGACUGCCUGCUGCUGUGCAUUCUGUGGGAAAUGAACAGAUUAACCGUACAAUCUCAGAUUUUACUAAAAUGCAAAAAUGUACUGUUACAAUUUCUUGUUAGCUUAUUUCUUUAAUUAUAAACCUGGAGCGCCUUCUCAUAUGUCUUUAUCAUCCUCUCGGACUUUGGCGGAUCGUGGCUAUGACUGGUUGCCCCUUGAUGGCUGACAAAUCCCAAGGUCUCUCCGUUUGGACUGCCAUCCACAGUGGUGUCUUACACGGUAUUCACAGGACACACCAACCUCCCCUCUUUCAUGUGCACCACCCUCUGCACCCCUGAAGCUAGGGUGAAAAGGUCCUCUUUAAGCUAGUCUUGGGCUAACUCCCGACUUCUCUACUCACUGUGAGCAGCUUCCAUUUCCUUAUCUGCAGAGUAAGGAGAACACCC